UGUAUAUAUAGCCUCAUGACACACGUCCUUUAACCAUCAAUUCCACUUCUUCUUCCAAAAACUUCCCUAAACAUGAAACCCACACUAACAUUCCUUUGGCUCCUAAUCACAACACUUGUCUAUCAUGUUCUAAGAUCAAUAUUUCUAACCACCUUCUAUUGGCCUCUAAUAAUUAAUACUCUCUUUAUCUCCACCCUCCUCACUAUUUCUCUAAUUAAUUACUGGCUUGUCCCUGGAGGCUUUGCAUGGAGGAACUAUAAACAAAGCACAAAACUCAUUGGGCCUAUGGGCUGGCCUAUUUUGGGAACUUUACCUCAAAUGGGAUCUUCAGCUCACACAAAACUUGCUUCCUUAGCCACUUCUUUCAAAGCAAAGAGAUUAAUGGCGUUAAGUCUAGGAGCCACACCAGUUGUUAUAAGUAGCCACCCUGAAACUGCAAGAGAAAUUCUAUUCGGAUCGUCUUUUUCUGACCGUCCGAUCAAAGAUUCAGCAGGCUUGCUUAUGUUCGAGCGUGCCAUUGGUUUUGCUCCUUCCGGAACCUAUUGGAGAAAACUAAGAAGGAUUGCAGCCUUUAAUAUGUUCUCUCCAAGGAGAAUUCUUGGCUUGGAGAGUCUCCGGCAACGCGUGGCGGAUGAAAUGAUGUUGAAAGUUUUUAAGGAUAUGGAGGAGAAAGGGGUGGUGGAAGUUAGAGGGAUAUUGCAAGAAGGAUCUCUUAGCAAUAUUUUGGAGAGUGUGUUUGGUUCCAUUAGUAAUUAUAAUUGUUUGAGUUUAGGAGGAAGUGAGGAACUAGGAAACAUGGUUAAGGAAGGGUAUGAGUUAAUUGCUAAGUUUAAUUUGGAAGAUUAUUUUGAUUUUAAGUUUUUGGACUUUUAUGGUGUGAAGAGAAAGUGUCAUAAAUUGGCGGCUAAGGUCACUAGUGUGGUUGGUCAAAUUGUGGAAGAACGAAAAAGAAGUAAAGAGUUGGUUAUUGGGGAUAAUGAUUUUCUUAGCACUUUGUUAUCUUUACCUAAAGAGGAAAGAUUAGGUGAUUCCGAUAUGGUGGCAAUUCUAUGGGAAAUGAUAUUUCGAGGAACAGACACAGUUGCUAUACUCCUUGAAUGGACCAUGGCAAGGAUGGUUUUACAUCAAGACAUACAAAUGAAAGCCCGUCAAGAAAUAGACAUUUGUGUUGGCCAAAACAGUCAUGUAAGAGACUCAGACAUUCCUAAUCUCCCUUACCUUCAAGCCAUAGUAAAGGAGGUGCUUCGACUGCACCCACCGGGCCCACUAUUAUCAUGGGCCCGCCUUGCAGUCCAUGACGUUCAUGUAGAUAAAACCCUUGUGCCAGCUGGCACAACAGCAAUGGUAAACAUGUGGGCUAUAUCUCAUGAUUCCUCUAUUUGGGAAGAUCCAUUGACUUUUAAUCCAGAACGAUUUCUAAAAGAAGAUGUUUCUGUUAUGGGCUCGGACUUGAGGCUUGCACCUUUUGGUGCAGGUCGUAGGGUUUGUCCAGGAAGAGCCCUAGGCUUAGCCACGGUUCAUCUCUGGCUAGCACAACUUCUCCAUAAUUUUGUGUGGCUUCCAGCACAAGUACCUGUGGAUCUUUCAGAAAGUCUUAAGCUUUCCCUUGAAAUGAAGAAUCCUUUGAAAUGUUCAGUAGUUCUUCGUAAGAGCAUGACCAUGUGAAAUAAACAACAAGAAUGUGGAUUUAUCGUCAAUGUACUAAUAUAUCAUGUUUAAUAUUAAAAGUUUAAAGUAUUUUCUCCUUCUUUAGGACCUUUGAUAUUACCUUAAAAGUAUACAAUGUAAUAUUUAGCGAUGAGUUUUCUAUAAUAAUGAAACUUACGCUUAUUUCACGAUUUCUAAGGGUAUCAAAUUAUUGAAGUAAUAAGUAGUGGGAGUUUACUAACAAAUUAUGUCGUCUCUUCCCAAUUAUAAAAUGUAAAUUAUUGUAAUCGUAAUUGUAAUGUAGUGAAGUUGUUUGUGAUGUUCAUUUUGUUUCUUUUCAUCUAAUGAAUAUUUCCUGUUUUA